AUGUCGGAGAGGAAACGAGACGAAGAUACGUCAGGCCUCCGGAGCCUAACUCAGCUAUCCGCCGAACAGCUCCUCAAUAGUGCCCACGACCUCCGCAGCCUUGACGAGCAUCCCAAGACCAUACUUCUGGAGUAUCUCGUUGAUGAACGCAGGGUUCACGCAGACGAACGACAUGAGUUGAAUCGGUUGAGGACGCAGAUUUCACGCAUGCCUGCUGCCGAUCAAGAGAUUUAUUUUGGGCUUGGAGGGCCAAUCUCCCCCAGUGGUGAAGCUGGCCAGCACAGCGAUGAGCGUGAAGAGAUCGACGUUCACCAAGUCAACGGCUACGAGGUGAAUGAUUAUUUUCUACACCAAUGGGAAUAUAGGAAUCAAGACACCCAGUCCUCCUCUCUCAGAAACAGCGGACAGUUUUCCUGCAACUUCGAUGUCCUUUAUCGCGAGUCUCAAUCAGGCGAGCUUCGGCUCUGCACAUAUCAAACCUCUAGGAGCAACAACACUUCGGGCUGCACGUGGUCUCGCUGUUGCGAAUACGAAGAAAAGGUUUAUCUAUACCGCCUAAUCGCAUCAUCGACAUUGCUCUAUCGGCUCGUGGUAGCAUUUGGUCUGCCAGGUUGGGAUGAAGAUCAGGUGGAUGGAUAUAAGAGUGCCUGGGCCGUUACCUUGCGAAAGGUCGGGCACGGAGCAGGCACUCUGAGAAUGUUCGAUUGCAAGGGCGCUGCUCAUGUACAGUUCGAUGGCGAUCUGGAGGCUUGCAAGUCUGCAUUGAAAUUAGUUACUUGGCUUGUGGGGGACAAUAUUGCGCAUUCAUAUGACGGAAUUCUUGCCGGGCGAAUCGCCUAG